AUAGUUGCCACCGUACAAAUGUGUGGCGUUUCAUUGAAAGCGUGCAUACUUCCUUCAUCACAAAACUAAGUCUUUUCUUUUCAGAUCCGAACAAGAAGACACAAAGGCGAAAAUGGGUCGCCGUCCAGCUAGAUGCUACCGCUAUUGUAAAAAUAAGCCGUAUCCAAAAUCACGUUUCUGUCGUGGUGUACCAGAUCCAAAAAUCCGUAUUUUCGAUUUGGGUAAAAAGAAGGCUUCGGUCGAAGAUUUCCCACUAUGCGUUCACUUGGUGUCUGACGAAUAUGAACAAUUGAGUUCAGAAGCUUUGGAAGCCGGACGUAUUUGCUGUAACAAAUACUUGGUCAAGCACUGCGGUAAGGAUCAAUUCCACAUCCGUAUGCGAGUUCAUCCAUUCCACGUCAUUCGGAUCAACAAGAUGUUGUCGUGCGCCGGAGCUGAUAGACUCCAAACUGGAAUGCGUGGUGCUUUCGGUAAACCACAAGGUACCGUAGCACGUGUACACAUUGGCCAACCAAUCAUGUCAGUGCGUUCAGCUGACCGUUACAAGGCUCAAGUCAUUGAAGCUUUGCGUCGUGCUAAGUUCAAGUUCCCAGGACGUCAAAAGAUUUUCGUUUCAAAGAAAUGGGGAUUCACCAAAUUCGAUCGUCAACGUUAUGAAGAACUUCGUGACGAAGGACGUUUGGCUCCAGAUGGUUGCAACGUUAAAUACAGACCAGAACACGGUCCAAUGGCUGCCUGGGAAAAGGUUCAAGCUCAAAUCUAUGCUGAAUAAAUUUGAUUUGUAAUCAACGGCAUACAUGCUGGACAUCUUAAGCAACCGAUUCAA